GUUAGGUCUGUUUUUAGAGUCUAGUACUUGGAUGGUCAACACGUGGGGAGGAUACAGAAAGAUAGACACAGCGUAGGGGAAGACGUUGGGAUUGAGUCGGGCCCGGAAUACGUAACAUUAUAUCACGAUAAUUUAAGUCACCGUGGCGGCGCGGAGGACGCUUAAAUACUGUAAGUAUUAUCCAGAGGUGCUAGUGUAAAAUUGACAGCCAGAGACCCACAUAAGUAUGUAGCCUGGCUAGCCACAUCAUUGUAACAAUCUCAGGUUGUUUCGCCAGUUGGCUAUAAUGAUGCACUACAAAGUGUUUCAUUCCAAUAAAUGGAACAGUCGUUUCAUUAAAGUGGUUACAAAUGUAUCGUCAUUCUUGAAAUGUGCAGCGGCUACAGCCCUUGUCAUUGAGUGCAUGUUUCACGCAGACAUCGAACUAUGUAGUUUAUUCGGCGUCCUAAGAUGACAAUGGACUCAACAUAUAAAUCACAAUUUUGUGUCCAUGAGUUUGCUUGGACGGAUCAUGUUAAUUGCUAGCAAACAAGGUGGCUAUCCACGAUGUCCAGCUAGCAAACUAACGUGAAGGUUUCGAGGCCCACGCUGCAGUUAGCCUAGCAUUGCCAGGCUAGUCUACAUGACGACCACAAUAUCAUAAUGCACGAUAUGCGACGUUUGGUCACGAGUUACUGUCUCGACUCUGCCAGGACUCAAUUUAAACGUUAUUGCCGCUACAUUGUAGCGAAACAAUUUGUCGCGUGCAUCUCAGCAACAUUGUGAAUGAAGUGUCAGUCAUAGUUCAGACUCAACGAAGAUGGCUAACCGUAGCCGAAUGGAGGCUUAAAUAAAUUAGGCACGUAAAUGCACCGUUUCGCCAAGAUCUCGAAUAUAUAGUGUUUGGUUAAAGUAUUGUCAUUUUGUGAUUUUAAAUCGUGGUCCAUGGGCCUUUCACGGUUUAAUGAGUGUUUGUUACAAUAGUGUUGGGCUAACUUGAUACAUUGUAAAUCAUCAUGCGCUGCGGCCUACCAUGCUUUUAUUACUCAGUGUAGGUCAUAGCUAGCAAGUUACCUAGCCCAAACACUCUGCCCUUAUGCAGCUAUUGCACAAACACUGGUAGCCUCGAUACUUUGCCAGGGAGCCUACAUUUAACCGCAUAAUGUGUCAGUCUCUGCUCUGGAAUUACAGUUAUUAGCUAAAGCCUAUGGUAUAGGUUAUCAAGUAGCGGUGCACAGGCUAUUUCUGAAGCCCCAUAGCAACGUCGAGGCAAAUGUAGCCUGCUCAAUCAACCAUAAAAUAUUCCCUGAAACGUUAAUUCAGAGGCACUGUUUUAUAGGACACAGUCGGUGUGCAAUGAAUCUGUUAUGUAAAUAUUCGCCAUCACAUUAACAUGAUUAUUAUAGAGCCUACAAUAAAAUAUUAUUGGUCCCGCAUUUGUGUGAACUGCUAUGGGAUUACUUCUCCUCGUAGGAUAGUUUACAAUUGAGGACGAGAAGGCUCUCGACUGGGGGAGAAGCGUUAUUAUCGUAGGUGUGUUUUACAAGGUUGCCUCGUAUUCCCAAUGCAGCAUUGCUGUGUAAUAAACUGCUCGUGGUCAGCUCAUUGUAUGGUUUGUAACAUGUAAAGCAAAUGCCGAGUGACCCUUCCCUUAUCUACCUCCAAGGUCGUACAGCAGCGCAGCUUGAUUCUUUCGAGUCUCCAGUCAGUAGGCAGGCGGUGGAGUGGAACACGCACACAUGGCGGGGGUGCACAGAGAAAGAGACUAACUCAUUUUAUUAGGCCGCUGGAGUAACUUUGUGUAGUGGGCGUUAUUCUAACCUUGUCAAAGGUGAACGUCAGAACAACUCAUGACACUAGGGAUUUUAUUUUUUGAAGCACUCUAGCGACUUUUUCUUUUGAAAAACAAUAUCCCAAGUAUACAUACAGUAAUAUACACACGUAAUGGUACCCCAACAUAUGUUUUGAGCAAAAUCGUUUUUUAGUUUUUUACACAAGUGCCAACUUCAAGAGUUGGCCAUUCAAGGAGUUGGUCUGAUGGGUGCACUCUGAUGUCAUCCGCAUCCCCCUUGCUUGCGGGAACAAUAGAGGAUCCACCCUGUCUUGUGCCAUGUCAUGAGGGUACCUGGACUACCUGUUGAGAUGUGCUUUUGGUUAAGUAAAUCGGGUGAUAAAUUAGGUAAAAAGGAGCUUGGAGUGCGUCUUUAACAAACAAGGCUAGCAAGGUGUCAUGGACCUUCACAUAGGGUCUGUCACUUGAAACGCUUGUGAAACUAGUCUGCAUAACUAGAGGAAUCUAUGAUGAACCAGCCUUGAGGUCCAGCAUAUAAAGUGAUACUAGUUCCAGCAUGUUGCUUAAUCAGACAUGGUAUGAUUUUAUAGUGUGGUGUGUGUAUUGUACUAAAGCUUUACUCCGCAAGAUGCCCCUAUUUGGCCUCAUGCAAAACUGGUUAGACAUAGCCCUGAUCAGUUUGCUGUUUCAUUCACAUUAGAUAUAUUCCACCAUGUUGGUGGUUAGUAUUGGAGAAAUAAUGUAAUGUUUAUUUAUCAGUCAAUUUUAAGUUAAAUGGUGCUGAUUACAUUGCCUUCAUCCUGAAUAGCCAAUCAGUGAAUCUCAUUAUAAAUCCAGACAUUGUUUUGACAAGGCUGGAACAGGGAAAAUGGUGUGGGGCUAGGCUCAAAUGCACAACUGCUAGGGCUAGGUUUCCUCUGCUCUGCAUUAUCAAUCUGAUGGUUGCGCAAAUUAUUAACUCUGGUGCUGUGAUGAUGAACAGUGUUGCAACUUGCAAUCUAUUCAGUUAAAUAGCAUUCUUCAGCACAGUAUUCUCAAAAUGUAUCUUAAAAUCAUAUAACGCCACUGUUCUUUAAUUUCUAUUGCAUUAGACCUUCAAUCCAAUGUCUUCCAUCCAACAACAUUUGAUCAGAAAAUCCUAUACAUAUCAAUGUGAAACUCCAAAAGCUUUCUGCUUUUCUAUCCAGUUUUAUUGAGGGUGCUGUGCAGGCCACAUAUGACGGUGACAUGUUUGUUUGUGUCUACCCUGGGGGUGGAUGUUGCGGUUAGCUGGUUUAUAUAGGGACGCUUAAGAAGCCACAACUGGCCAGAUGGGGCCAUAGUGAUGGUGGGCUUCUCUGGGAUGGGGAGGGGGUGGUCCUGCCAGUCUUACCCUGUGUGACUAAUGCUAUCUGAUUGACCCCUAUCUAAUCCCUGCCCUUCAACCAUGAAGUCCCAGUGACUCCCUCCACAUCACUGCCUUACUAUAUCCCGCCUGCAGGAAUCCCAACAUUGGAAUUCCGGAAAGCCCCUCAUGUCCAAAAAUGAUGGAGCAAAUUGUUGUUUUAGUGUCUGGCUUUGUCGCCUGUCUGCUAGUUUAGAUUUUGUAUGAUGUUUUUAGAAUGCAUACAUUUGUUACAAAGGUGAAAGAGGACUGAUGAUGGCACUGUGUAUUUCAGCCUACACAAUAGUUUUAGUUAGCCAAAGAAAGCGUACUACAAUAACGUUUGGAUAUAUGGUAAUGAUAUAAGAUAAGGCUACACAAUAAUUUAUAUAAUUUGCUUAUGGAGACUAUUGAAAUGGACAGCAAGGGAUGUAUAAUUUACUAACCAGGACCAUGCACCUUGCCAUUCACUGUGGAACAUGCCACUAAGGCUCUGUUUUGAUAGGGAAUCUACUGGGUCAUGACGAAUAGGGAGAACAGGUUUUGAAAUGUGGAGUUACUAAGGCUGUGUUGACACAGGCAGCACAUAAAUGUUGUACCACUAAUUGGACUUUUGACUGAUCAGAUCAGAAAAAUAUCUGAUGUGAUUGGUCAAAAGACCAAUUAGUGGGAAAAUGAUCAGAAUUGGGCUGCCUGUGGCAUUGGUGAACUUGUCUAAUAAGAAACCUUCGUUUUUGAUCUCUGCCCUACUGAAAAUGACCCGAUCUUGGUUUCUCUGGAGGCAUUUGAAGCCUACCAGUUUUUUCCCUGCACAUCAACACCUUUACCUGGGUCAGUGUUAGGGCAGCCCACAAUUCACCUCACCUAAUCCCAUGUCAUUCAUCUCCGAGCCUCUUAGAGGUGCAUAAGCUCUGUAAAACAAGAUGCUCAUUGAGGUUCUCACGCCUUCCGUAUUGUCAGGUGAGGUGUGUGGAAGUUUCUAGGAAGUUAUUAGUGUGUUGCUUCUGCUGCCCUCUGCUGUGUGCUGUUGUCCCUUGAAAAGGUGAAAUACGUAGUGGACGCAUACAAAUGCCACUGGAUGGCCCUCAUUUUCUAUCAGUUGUCUAAGAAAAUGGCUAAUUGCAAUGGGGCAAGUUUCUGCUCAUUGGAAAGUCCAGUCCGCCUCAGUUGUGGGGUAUGAAGGAACUGAACUAUGGUUAAAACCCCAGUGAUUAGAGCCUCCUCACACACAGCCUCUCUGUGAAUGUGACCUAUCGUGGCCCCUGGCUGUCUACCUGUACAGUGCAGAUGGACUGUUCUGCACGUUCCAGGCCAUAGAGUUCAAAGUCCAGUUUCACAGUGACCCAGACCUGGCUGCUGUGUAUGUGCCUGCUGUGUUUGUGUGUAUUCGUGCUUGCUAAGGGACAGUGGAGGCCCAGCUGUCACACACCCUAGUAGGCUGGGAGAAAGAAGGGAGGGAGGCGAGGGAGUCACCCCUGUGAUGCGUUCCUUCCUUCUACAGUCUGGGUCUGUUAAGGAAAGGCAUGCACAGACUUCCUUUUUUAACAUCGAGUGCUUCGACCAAUCAGCAGCGGAGGAGCUGGGCAUGCCCAGUAGGUACUGGGAGGUUUAACAUUAGCCCUGAUGGUGGCACAGCUUCUCCUCCUGCUAGAAGACUAUAUAUUUGUGUUGCAGCUUGGUUUAGCUCAGAAGUAGAAACAAAUAUUACUUAUAAGCCACAGGAGUGGGAAUUUCUCUGUUUGAACGUUUUUCAACGAGGCAAUAGAAAACCGUGGUGUGACCGAUGUCUGGUAUCAAGCUUUUACAAGCAUGUGUAUGUUCAUUCAUGUCAAAACAAGAGCAUCUUACGUUCAGGAGCUGUUGUCAAAAGUGCUGUGUCUUCAGUGUCGUAUGCCUUGAUUAGUCCUGUGUAGCUCAGUUGGUAGAGCAUGGCGCUUGCAACGCCAGGGUUGUGGGUUCGAUUCCCACGAGGGAACAGUAUGAGAAAAAAAAUGUUAUGCACUCACUAACUGUAAGUCGCUCUGGAUAAGAGUGUCUGCUAAAUGACUAAAAUGUAAAUGUGUGCAUCCCAAAGCAUUGUGCAGCUCAUCAAGUGUAUGUGGGUGUGGCAUGAGAUAGAGAUGGCUUGUGGUAAAUUUGCAUGAAUGAAUUUACUACUUUACUAUAAGUCAUUUGUUAGUGUAGGCCUUAUCAGGUUUAAUUCUGUGGUUUCUUUGAAGCUCUGCUCGCACCUGUCAACUGUCAUGAUGGUUUCUAAAGCAUUUAUUUCCUUAAAGCCUUUUUGGCAAGUAUUUUUGGCUACCAUAGGACAGUUUCCUUAUGAUCAUCCCAUUUUGUUCUCCCAGUGUCAUGCGUAUUGUCAGAGCUGUGUGAACAGGGCUGAUCCAUUUGGAAUGUAUUUGUCACUCACACACCCUUCUAGUUGCUAUGGGUGUGAUUACACAUGUACACACUACAGCACCAUAGAAUACCUGCUAUAGUCUUUACACUAUCAUAAUACCCAGAGGUAUUAUGCACCUCGCAGGCCUAUUUUGUGGGAUAAGUGUCAAACGAGACCCUUAGGCUAUUCAAAAUGUUAGCAAGUUUGUCUUAACUUAAUAUCCUAUUUGACAAUAUAGUCCUGAACUCCAAAUGAGUGAAACUGAAAGACGCACAUAUCUCCCUCCAAUAAGCUAACCUCUGCCUUUCUCUCUCUCGCUCUCUCGCUCUCCACACAUACAGGUGUAGCUGCUAGGGUCCUGAGGAGAUGCCACUGAGGUUCCGGUCUAUUGUCCCGUACACGCUGCCUGGAGUGCUGGCGCUUAUAGGCUGGUGGUGGUACAUCUCACGCAAGAAAGAGCGAAUCACCAACCACGACACCGAAGAGGGGGCAGCGGCCAUGGGCCUGCUGACGUCCCCGGCCCCCAGUGAGGGCAGCAACGGCCUGGUAGAGAAAGGGACAGUGUCCCCCUGCGGUACAUCCACUACCCCAACAACCAGCAACAGCUGCAGAGAGAGAACAGCCAGCAGCAGAGUCAGACUACCCAAGGACAAAGAGCAACGGUCAACAGAACAGGAGGUAGUAGCACAGAUUCACAUCUCAGGCACUAAGGCCCAGGCAGUAGAGGUACAGAGUACAUCCUGUUCACCCACAGAGAGGCUAGAUGCUUCCCACCACCCAGACAGAGCCAACGCAGUCACAGACACUGGUGUAGAAAGCUGCCAACAGACACCCAGGAGCAGUUCUUCUCCCGCAGCCUCGCCUUUACCAACACAGACCAGGGAGGAGAGCUCAGCUCCCCAGGGAGAUCACAGGGCCACUGGGCAGAGCCCGCCAGCCGCAAUUGCCUUGAUUACAGAGCCGGUGAAAUCAACGGUUACCGAGCAGGUCCCUGCUCCAGUGAAGGAGGCCAUCGCCACAGCAUCAGAAGCACUUGUACUCUCCCAGACGGCCCACGCCACAACUAGUUCCUCCACAGCAGCAGACCUGAUGAAUGCAGAGAGGCCCGAGCCAGAGGGAGAGGUGGCAGCAGCACAUGAGGCAGCAGUGGCCUUCACGCAGAACCUGCAAGUGGAGCUGGUGGCUAAAGAUGCCCUCCCGGUCCCCUCCAGUAGUACCAAAGAUGAGCUGCCCUCCUCGCCUGUCGUCCCAGCUGAGAUGCCGGCCCAGGCCCUGAAAGUAGUCACACAUGAGCCCAUCUUCCCAGAGACCCCCACAUCAUCGCAGGGCUCCUACCAUGCUGUCAUGACCAGUACUCCGGCCUCCCCAGCCCAAGGCCCCCAGCAGGAGAACGGGGCCCCCGGCAGCACUGAGGAGCUGGAAUACCUUGCAGCAGGUCUGAUCACUGAGGUCAUCUGGGCAGCCACCCAGGAGGUCCUCAGUGUUACCUCCUGUCCAGAGACCCGGUUUGGCCAAUCCACCGCCGAGCCCAGCUGCAGAAGCACCCCACUGGCCAAUGGGAGGCCAUGCUCUGAGCAAGAGCCACUCACAAGGAACAUGGAGGAAGGGCCUUCCCCAAUAAGCCACGCUGAGACAGAGUGGAGGGAGCAGCAGAAAGAAGGGAUGCCCAACGGUUGCCCGCCCGCCCCGGCGUGGGAGCCAAUGGGGACAGAGAACGUACUGUGUAACCCCUGGGCAGCAGCAGCAUCCUUGCAGGAGGGGAGGCAAGAGGCCAGCGGCGUGCCUAGCAACCUGGACAAACUGAAGGGAGACGAGGGGGUGAUGGUGGCAGAGGACUCAGCCUGCAGUACGUGCCACUCUGAGGAUGGGGUCAGCAGUGAGGACCAGCAGAGCAGGGAGAGCCGGGAGGAUCUGAUCCAGGUGUCAGGGAUGUCUGAGGGGGAGGGUGGACUGGGUGGUCUGCCCCAGGCCCCAGAAGAGGUAGUGACCGAGGCAGAGGUGAUGGCAGCCCUACCAGGCCACGUGCUGGGGACUGUUGGCGAAGUGAAGAGGCUCAACGCCAUGGGCCUGAGGAACGGUUCUCAUGGGAUGAGUGAGACUGAGACCGAUCAGUCUGGAGGUAGGACUACAGACCACACCCUGUAGUGGAGUCAGGCUCAUAGCACACCCCAGCACUGAUUUACACAUGGCUCCCCUCAGCUGCUCAAAUUCCCAAACAGAACACACUUACGCUCGUGGACACUUUUCUGUCGUAGAGUCUCACUUCCCUACGUGGCACUGAGGCCUUUUGUUUUUCAUUAUUUUAAGUUUUUCCAGACAGAUGGGCAAACUGAGGGAAGAACAAGAGAGCCUUCUGUGUCAGCACAGAGAGACAUUUGUUAAACAUUAGAUUACGUCUAACAACAUUAAAAAGCUGAGGGAAAUGUUGCACAAACUAAGUGUUAAUCAUUUGGAAAGUCACCGGCUUUGAUCUUAGAUCUGGUAAAAUAACUCUAUUCAGAAGUAGGCAAGAGUGUGUGAAUUGGGGGAAGGGAAUUUAACACACUGCUUUCCAAUUCCAACUAUUGUGGCAAAAAGUAGCUGUAAGAGUAAAUUACUUUAGUGGGAUAAAACUAAGGAAUGCUUGCAGAAUCAUAUUGGGCUGUUCUGUUGCCACCAGCAAAGAAAAGCAUACAGUUGAGCAUAUCUCCUUAUUUGAAAAUAAUUUAAUGUAAUAUAUACAUACAUACAUACAUACAGUGGGGAGAACAAGUAUUUGAUACACUGCCGAUUUUGCAGGUUUUCCUACUUACAAAGCAUGUAGAGGUCUGUAAUUUUUAUCAUAGGUACACUUCAACUGUGAGAGACGGAAUCUAAAACAAAAAUCCAGAAAAUCACAUUGUAUGAUUUUUAAGUAAUUAAUUUGCAUUUUAUUGCAUGACAUAAGUAUUUGAUCACCUACCAACCAGUAAGAAUUCCGGCUCUCACAGACCUGUUAGUUUUUUUUAAGAAGCCCUCCUGUUCUCCACUCAUUACCUGUAUUAACUGCACCUGUUUGAACUCGUUACCUGUAUAAAAGACACCUGUCCACACACUCAAUCAAACAGACUCCAACCUCUCCACAAUGGCCAAGACCAGAGAGCUGUGUAAGGACAUCAGGGAUAAAAUUGUAGACCUGCACAAGGCUGGGAUGGGCUACAGGACAAUAGGCAAGCAGCGUGGUGAGAAGGCAACAACUGUUGGCGCAAUUAUUAGAAAAUUGAAGAAGUUCAAGAUGACGGUCAAUCACCCUCGGUCUGGGGCUCCAUGCAAGAUCUCACCUCGUGGGGCAUCAAUGAUCAUGAGGAAGGUGAGGGAUCAGCCCAUAACUACAUGGCAGGACCUGGUCAAUGACCUGAAGAGAGCUGGGACCACAGUCUCAAAGAAAACCAUUAGUAACACACUACGCCGUCAUGGAUUAAAAUCCUGCAGCGCACGCAAGGUCCCCCUGCUCAAGCCAGCGCAUGUCCAGGCCCGUCUGAAGUUUGCCAAUGACCAUCUGGAUGAUCCAGAGGAGGAAUGGGAGAAGGUCAUGUGGUCUGAUGAGACAAAAAUAGAGCUUUUUGGUUUAAAUACCACUCGCCGUGUUUGGAGGAAGAAGAUGGAUGAGUACAACCCCAAGAACACCAUCCCAACCGUGAAGCAUGGAGGUGGAAACAUCAUUCUUUGGGGAUGCUUUUCUGCAAAGGGGACAGGACGACUGCACCGUAUUGAGGGGAGGAUGGAUGGGGCCAUGUAUCGCGAGAUCUUGGCCAACAACCUCCUUCCCUCAGUAAGAGCAUUGAAGAUGGGUCGUGGCUGGGUCUUCCAGCAUGACAACGACCCGAAACACACAGCCAGGGCAACUAAGGAGUGGCUCCGUAAGAAGCAUCUCAAGGUCCUGGAGUGGCCUAGCCAGUCUCCAGACCUGAACCCAAUAGAAAAUCUUUGGAGGGAGCUGAAAGUCCGUAUUGCCCAGCGACAGCCCCGAAACCUGAAGGAUCUGGAGAAGGUCUGUAUGGAGGAGUGGGCCAAAAUCCCUGCUGCAGUGUGUGCAAACCUGGUCAAGAUCUACAGGAAACAUAUGAUCUCUGUAAUUGCAAACAAAGGUUUCUGUACCAAAUAUUAAGUUCAGCUUUUCUGAUGUAUCAAAUACUUAUGUCAUGCAAUAAAAUGCAAAUUAAUUACUUAAAAAUCAUACAAUGUGAUUUUCUGGAUUUUUGUUUUAGAUUCCGUCUCUCACAGUUGAAGUGUACCUAUGAUAAAAAUUACAGACCUCUACAUGCUUUGUAAGUAGGAAAAUCUGCAAAAUCGGCAGUGUAUCAAAUACUUGUUCUUCCCACUGUAUAUAUAAAAUACAGAACAGUAUGGUGGCUAGUUACCCUUCAUAGUGUAGGAUGAAGUUAGUGCUUAGAUACUCUUCUACUAGAUACCACCCUGAGGCUAUAGGGACUCUAACUGUGUUUGGGGAGCCGUACCUUUUGUUUAGGGGGCAAGUUGUGAUGUCACAAACGGGAAGAAUCACACCUAAAGCUGGGUGUUCCUGAAAAGGUUAGAGGUCACAUUCACACAGAAGGUGAAGAAUCACAACAGUCCAGUGUCAUUGUUUUUGGUCUGUCAGAGCAGCACUGUGAUCAGAUAUGCCUGGUAAGAGCCAUGGUGGUGUGUGCACGUGUGGGUGGACUUUGGAUUAAUGUCAGUUAGUGGUCUUAUUCCCUGUGUGUGUGUGUGAUUGGGUAACAGCUCUUUGACGUAUGUGUGUGGAGGGUUGAAGUGGGUGAUCUGUUGAAUGUCUUAAACUUUUGAGUUGUGUGUGUGUGUGUGUGUGUAAAUGUGCACCCGUGUAUCAGUUUCUUAAUUUUAUUUGGUAUUUUAUUAGGAUCCUCUGGACCUUUUAUUUAUCCAGGUGUGUGUUUAUGUGAGAGACACCUGUCUUGUUUUGGUGUGUAAUUGUGAGGUGAGUAAAAUACCUGUCUGACUCAGAACUGUGUGUCCAGGCUCGGAUGUGAACAGUAUGGACUCGGUGGACAGCGGCUGCACCAUGGGGGCUAGGGACAGUGGCAGCCCUGCCAUGGGUAUGGGCUCUGAACUCAUCGUUUGGGAGAUUGAGGUACCAAAGGUGAGCCUGCUCCAUCCCAACACACACCACAGGGACUUGACUUAUUGACUAGUAUUCAGAGGAAAUCCCAUAGCUCCUUAGAAAUGAGUCUCUUAUCACAUUCAUUCUAACCCAAUAUCUCCUUUUAAUGUGUUCUUCCGUCUCUGUUCUCUCCCUCUCUCUCUCAGCAUCUGGUGGGUCGGUUAAUUGGGAAACAGGGGCGAUACGUGAGCUUCCUGAAGCAAAGCUCUGGUGCGAAAAUCUACAUCUCCACCCUGCCUUACACUCAAGAGUUCCAGAUCUGCCACAUAGAGGGUGAGUGGGGUAGUCCUCUACCGUCACAAGGAGCAUAUGAGUCACUUGACUGUAGAUAGUAUACUGGUAGUAUAAUUCUAGUGUUUUAAUUUGUGUGUGUGUGUGUCCCUACUAGGUUCCCAGCAGCAGGUGGACAAAGCGUUGUCCCUGAUUGGGAAGAAGUUUAAGGAUUUGGACCUGACCAACCUGUAUGCCCCCCCACCUCUGCCACUCACGCUGCCCUCGCUGCCCAUGACCUCCUGGGUAAUGAAGCCUGGAGGGUCUCUCUCUGUCUCUCUCCAUCUCUCAAAUCUGUUCAAACAUGUUUUAUUUGCACGACAGUUAAGGUCCUGCUAAUUGAUUUCAAGACUUCAAGACCUGCUAAUUGAUUUCAAGACUGCCCUGAUGGCUUCUCCUUUGAAAGUUAACUGAGGAUAAUAGCGGACGAUAUUGCCACUCCUAUUUGCCAUAUUUUCAAUUUAAGCCUACUAGAAUGUGUGUGCCCCCAGGCUUGGAGGGAAGCAAAAGUCAUUCCGCUACCUAAGAAUAGUAAAGCCCCCUUUACUGGCUCAAAUACCCAACCAAUUAGCCUGUUACCAACCCUUAGUAAAUAAUUGGAAAAAAUUGUGUUUGACCAGAUACAAUGCUAUUUUACAGAAAACAAAUUGACAUCAAACUUUCAGCAUGCUUCUAGAGAAAGACAUUCAACAAGCACAGCACUUACACAAAUGACUGAUGAUUGGCUGAGAGAAAUCGAUGAUAAAAAGAUUGUGGGGGCUGUUUUGUUAGACUUCAGUGCGGCUUUUGACAUUAUCGAUCAUAGUCUGCUGCUGGAAAAACGUAGGUGUUAUGGCUUUACUCCACCUGCUAUAUUGUGGAUACAGAUUUACCUGUCUAACAGAACACAGAGGGUGUUCUUUAAUGGAAGCCUCUCCAACAUAAUCCAGGUAGAAUCAGGAAUUCCCCAGGGCAGCUGUCUAGGCCCAUUUACUUUUUUCAAUCUUUACUAAUGACCUGCCACUUGGCUUUGAGUAAAGCCAGAGUGUCUAUGUAUGCGGAUGACUCAACACUAUACAUGUCAGCUACUACAGCGACUGAAAUGAUUGCAACACUUAACAAAGAGCUGCAGUUAGUUUCAGAGUGGGUGGCAAGGAAUAAGUUAGUCCUAAAUAUUUCUAAAACUAAAAGCAUUGUAUUUGGAACAUAUCAUUCACUAAACUUCAAACCUCAAUUAAAUCUUGUUAUAAAUAAUGUGGAGAUUGAGCAAGUUGAGGUGACUAAACUGCUUGGAGUAACCCUGGAUUGUAAACUGUCAUGGUCAAAACCAGAUUUGAUGGGGAGAAGUCUGUCCAUAAUAAAGCGCUGCUCUGCCUUCUUAACAGCACUAUCAACAAGGCAGGGCCUAUAGGCUCUAGUUUCAUCGCACCUGGACUACUGUUCAGUCGUGUGGUCAGGUGCCACAAAGAGGGACUUAGGAAAAUUGCAAUUGGCUCAAAACAGGGCAGCACGUAGCAAACAUGAAUAAUAUGCAUGUCAAUCUCUCCUGGCUCAAAGUGGAGGAGAGAUUGACUUAAUCACUACUUGUAUUUGUGAGAGGUAUUGACAUGUUGAAAGCACCGAGCUGUCUGUUUGAACUACUGGCACACAGCUCGGACACCCAUGCAUACCCCACAAGACAUGCCACCAGAUGUCUCUUCACAGUCCCCAAGUCCAGAACAGACUAUGGGAGGCACACAGUACUACAUAGAGCAGGGGUGUCAAACUCAUUUUAGCUCAGGGGCCACAUGGAGGAAAAUCUAUUCCCAAGUGGGCCGGACCGGAAAAAUCAUGGUAUAUAUAUAUAUAUAACUUAAAAACAACAACUUCAGAUUAUUUUCUUUGUUUUAAUACGAUCAACAUACAACAUAAAGCUGGAGCCUGAGGACAGUGUGUCCAAAAUAGUACAAGCACAACAUCACUAUUAAUCAUAAAACACGUCAAGUUUAUUUGAAAAUUCUAAAGAAAAAGAACACACAAACACACAAUGCCUCAGUGAUUAACAGAACUGUUUCACAGAUCACAGAACUAUAUCAGGGUGUCAUUUCUCGGGCAGAAAUGUAGAUAAAAAUAAUGAAAUCCUGUUCCCCAAGCAAGUGCAAGAACCACAGAGUCAAGAAUAGGUUAAAUGUACAAAUAAAAUAAAAUCAAUUAAAAACAAUAGCACAUCAACAUAAAAACAUAUAAACAUAAAGCUGGAGCCUGAGGACAGUGUCCAAAAGCACAACAUCACUAUUAAUCAUAAAACACGUCAAGUUUAUUUGAAAAUUCUAAAGAAAAAGAACACACAAACACACAAUGCCUCAGUGAUUAACAGAACUGUUUCACAGAUCACAGAACUAUAUCAGGGUGUCAUUUCUCGGGCAGAAAUGUAGAUAAAAAUUAUGAAAUCCUGUUCCCCAAACAAGUGCAAGAACCACAGAGUCAAGAAUAGGUUAAAUAUACAAAUAAAAUAAAAUCAAUUAAAAACAAUAGCACAUCAACAUAAAAACAUAAACAUAAAUCUGAAAGCGUUGCUCAAACUCCCGUAACAGUCCCGUUAUUUUAUCUUUGAACCGCUUCAUGUCUGCCACAUGUUGGGUCGCGCACACAUUUUUCAGACAGGGGAAGUGAGCUGCAUCACCACCGGCAAGUUGCGUCUCCCACAAUGACAGCUUCAACUUGAAAGAACGUAUGCUGUCAUAAUACUGCGUGACAACUUUAUUGCGCCCUUGCAGCUGUUUGUUCAAGUUAUUCAGGUGCUCUGUAACAUCCACCAUAAAUGCAAGGUCCUGCAUCCAUUCUGCGGAAUGAAAUUCUAACACUGGUUUGCCCUUUUCUUCCAUGAACUAACUGUUCAAUUUCUUCUCGUAAAUCAAAGAAACGCCUCAGCACAGCACCUCGGCUUAACCAUCUUACCUCAGUGUGGUAUGGCAGGCCAUAGAUGUGGUCUUUCUCUCUGAGAAGGCUGUCAAACUGACGGUGAUUCAGGCUUCUGGAUCGGAUGAAAUUAACAGUUUGGAUUACCACCUUCAUGACGUUAUCCAUCUUUAAUGACUUGCAACACAAAGCCUCCUGGUGCAAAAUACAGUGAAAAGUCAAAAAAUCACGUCCUCCAUUUGCAGAUUGCACUUUCUCUCUGAACUUUGUCACAACGCCUGCUUUUUUCCCGAUCAUUGAGGGCGCACCAUCUGUAGCCAGGCUGACAGCGCGGGACCAGUCCACUCCGACCCUGUCCAGCGCGCCGACGAGUGCGGUAAAAAUAUCAGCUGCUGUCGUUGUAUCUGUCAUCGGCACGAACUCCUCGGUGACGGUCAAUGUGUCAUCAACUCCGCGGAUGAAAAUGGCCAGUUGUGCAACAUCUGUAAUGUCCGUGCUUUCAUCAAUUGCAACCGAAAACGCAAUAAAUGACUUUACUUUUUGCUUCAACUGGCUGUCCAAAUCCACUGAAAGAUCGGAAAUCCUGUCUGCAACUGUGUUUCUUGUCAGGCUGAUAUUUGCAAAAGCCUGCCGCUUUUCAGGGCACACAAUCUCCGCUGCCUUCAUCAUGCAUGUUUUUACAAAUUCACCCUCACUAAAUGGUUUUGAAGCCACUGCGAUUUCAUUAGCAAUGAGGUAGCUAGCUUUCACUGCAGCGUCACUGAUGUCUCGGCUGUGAGUAAACACAGACUGCUGUUUCUUCAGACCCGCCAACAGUUCAUUCACCUUCUCUCAUCUCCGCUGUCCUUGAAAGUUGUCAUAUUUGUCGGCAUGAAGACUCACAUAGUGGCGACGAAGGUUAUAUUCUUUCAGCACUGCAACAUGCUCUGAACACACCAAACAUACAGCUUUCCCAUUCAAUUCCGUGAAUAAAUAGGAUGACCAUUUUUCUUGGAACACUCUGCACUCUGCGUCCACUUUUCUCUUUUUUGACAGAGACAUAUUGGGGCAAUGAGGGUGCCAAAGCACAUAAUGUUAAAAGUAGAAGCCGUAAUAAAUAUCGCGGGCAAAACAAAGUAGCUCAUUGGCUGCACGUGCUUGACCUACUUGCUCUGCCCCGGUAUAAACAGUUUGCUUGCUUAACACAAUUGCUAUUGCGCCAUCCAGUGGACGCAAUUGGAACAGCAGUUUAUUUUAUUGAAAAAUUGCAGCGCAUUCUUAUACUUUACAAAAUAUAUAUAUAUAUAAUAAUAAUAAAAAUAUAUAUAUAUAUUUUUUUUUCACAAUCAUCUCGCGGGCCGGAUUAAACCCGUUUGCGGGCCUGAUCCGGCCCGCGGGCCGUACGUUUGACACCCCUGACAUAGAGCCAUGACUACAUGGAACUCUAUUCCACAAUCAGGUAACUGAUGCAAGCAGUAGAAUCAGAAAAAAAAAAAAAAAAAGAUAAAAAUACACCUUAUGGAACAGCGGGGACUGUGAAGCAACACAAACAUAGGCACAGACACACGCAUACACACACAUGAUAACGUACGCUCUAUACACGCGUACACAUGGAUUUUGUGUGGUAGUGGAGUAAGGGCCUGAGGGCACACACUUAUUAGUGUGCUGUGAAAUCUGUUAUGAAUGUAUUGUAAUGUUUUUUUUAAAAUGUAUAACUCCCUUAAUUUUGCUGGACCCCAGGAAGAGUAGCUGCAAUGGGGAUCUAUAAUAAAUACAAACUUAACUCGGUUUCCUCUCUCAGCUCCUGCUCCCCAGCGGUGUGACUGUGGAGGUGAUCGUAGUGAACGUUGUGUCAGCGGGUCACCUCUUCGUUCAGCAGCACACACACCCUACGUACCACGCCCUACGCAGCCUGGACCAGCAGAUGUUCCUGUGCUACUCCCAGCCAGGGACACCCACCCUGCCCUCGCCUGCUGAGGGUAAGAGACCCCCAAGGAGGGACGUGUGUGUCUGGAUGUUUUUGAACCAGGUGUGUGUGUGAUCCAGACUCGAUGCUCUCCCUCUCUCUGUCUCAGUGGGGGUGAUCUGUGCGGCGCCGGCGGUAGAGGGAGCCUGGUGGAGAGCCCAAGUCAUCUCCUUCUACAAAGAGACCAACGAGGUUGAGAUCCGAUAUGUGGACUAUGGUGGCUAUGACCGAGUGAAGAUCGACACACUACGGCAAAUAAGGUUGGCCCCCCUCAGACACAAAUGACUCUGGAGGCUGAAAAAAGCAUGGAUAGUUGAUGCACGUUUUCAGGGUUGUGGGCAAAUUUUUUCCAACUCAGGUCUAUUCAGAAAAAGUUGUCAAAACUGAAAUUCAGAAGAACUGGAAUCUUUACAUACUUUCAAAGCUGUUUUCAUAAAAUGUUCCUUCAUUUCUUUCCUAAAUUGAAUUGAGUUUAGAUAAAAUAGACCCCAGUACUCCUAUGUAUUCGUUCAACCCUUUUUGUUUGAAAAUUGUGACCCCCUCUGGUCAAAAAUAGUUGUAUCAUAUAUAAUGUUAUGUAAGAAGGUAUGGUGGGUCUUUCUACAAACUGACUGACUGUUCUUAUGUAAAACCCUUAUUUUCAGGUCGGACUUUGUAACAUUACCGUUCCAAGGUGCAGAAGUAUUACUGGACAACAUCGCCCCUCUUCCAGGUAAUGUCAUUUAAUUUAGCUAUUUGACAUGGUAUCACUUUACAAUUGCGAUAGAUGUCUUAUUCUCAAGGAUGAUUUCCAAAAUCAAGAAACAAAUCCAAUUGAAUGUAAAACUGUUCCGAAGUCAUCCUGCCUGUGGAAGGUUGUCAAAUCUGCGUUAACACAUCUAUAAAUACAUCCAUCCACAGGAGAAAACAGCUUUUCAACCGAGGCCACCUCUGCACUGGAGGAGAUGACGAGAGGGGUAGCACUGCUUGCACAGGUAAACAAAAAUACAACAUACAGAUAGCUGGAAGGCACUGUACUGGAAGGCACUGCGCUCUACAGUAAUGCACGCUUCACAGAAGGUAAUUUGUUGCUAACCUGGCUGUUUCCUCUCUUCCAGGUCACAAACUACGACAACAACACUGGUCUCCCAUUGGUCCAGAUGUGGAACAUGGUUGGAGAAGAGGUACGUUCAAAUUGAUCAUGGGAUUUGGCAUGAAAAUGUUUGAAAUACUACAAUGUAAUUGUAAAAAUGUCAAUUUGGUAAAGUGGAUAGUCUUUCAUUGUGGUGUAUGGUUCAUAUACAGUGGGGGGGAAAAAGUAUUUAGUCAGCCACCAAUUGUGCAAGUUCUCCCACUUAAAAAGAUGAGAGGCCUGUAAUUUUCAUCAUAGGUACACGUCAACUAUGACAGACAAAUUGAGGAAAAAAAAUCCAGAAAAUCACAUUGUAGGAUUUUUAAUGAAUUUAUUUGCAAAUUAUGGUGGAAAAUAAGUAUUUGGUCACCUACAAACAAGCAAGAUUUCUGGCUCUCACAGACCUGUAACUUUUUCUUUAAGAGGCUCCUCUGUCCUCCACUCGUUACCUGUAUUAAUGGCACCUGUUUGAACUUGUUAUCAGUAUAAAAGACACCUGUCCACAACCUCAAACAGUCACACUCCAAACUCCACUAUGGCCAAGACCAAAGAGCUGUCAAUGGACACCAGAAACAAAAUUGUAGACCUGCACCAGGCUGGGAAGACUGAAUCUGCAAUAGGUAAGCAGCUUGGUUUGAAGAAAUCAACUGUGGGAGCAAUUAUUAGGAAAUGGAAGACAUACAAGACCACUGAUAAUCUCCCUCGAUCUGGGGCUCCACGCAAGAUCUCACCCCGUGGGGUCAAAAUGAUCACAAGAACGGUGAGCAAAAAUCCCAGAACCACACGGGGGGACCUAGUGAAUGACCUGCAGAGAGCUGGGACCAAAGUAACAAAGCCUACCGUCAGUAACACACUACGCCGCGUAGGGACUCAAAUCCUGCAGUGCCAGACGUGUCCCCCUGCUUAAGCCAGUACAUGUCCAGGCCCGUCUGAAGUUUGCUAGAGUGCAUUUGGAUGAUCCAGAAGAGGAUUGGGAGAAUGUCAUAUGGUCAGAUGAAACCAAAAUAGAACUUUUUGGUAAAAACUCAACUCGUCGUGUUUGGAGGACAAAAAAUGCUGAGUUGCAUCCAAAGAACACCAUACCUACUGUGAAGCAUGGGGGUGGAAACAUCAUGCUUUGGGGCUGUUUUUCUGCAAAGGGACCAGGACGACUGAUCCGUGUAAAGGAAAGAAUGAAUGGGGCCAUGUAUCGUGAGAUUUUGAGUGAAAACCUCCUUCCAUCAGCAAGGGCAUUGAAGAUGAAACGUGGCUGGGUCUUUCAGCAUGACAAUGAUCCCAAACACACCGCCCGGGCAACGAAGGAGUGGCUUCGUAAGAAGCAUUUCAAGGUCCUGGAGUGGCCUAGCCAGUCUCCAGAUCUCAACCCCAUAGAAAAUAUUUGGAGGGAGUUGAAAGUCUGUGUUGCCCAGCGACAGCCCCAAAACAUCACUGCUCUAGAGGAGAUCUGCAUGGAGGAAUGGGCCAAAAUACCAGCAACAGUGUGUGAAAACCGUGUGAAGACUUACAGAAAAGGUUUGACCUGUGUCAUUGCCAACAAAGGGUAUAUAACAAAUUAUUGAGAAACUUUUGUUAUUGACCAAAUACUUAUUUUCCACCAUAAUUUGCAAAUAAAAUCAUAUAAAAUCCUACAAUAUGAUUUUCUGGAAUUUAUUUUCUCAUUUUGUCUGUCAUAGUUGACGUGUACCUAUGAUGAAAAUUACAGGCCUCUCUCAUCUUUUUAAGUGGGAGAACUUGCACAAUUGGUGGCUGACUAAAUACUUUUUUCCCCCCACUGUAGCCCUAGACAUUUCAGGUAAACAUUCAGAUGAUGGCUGGCUAACUACACUGUCGGUAUCAAUGAUGUUGUUUUACACUAAUAUGAUGAAUCUAUCUUUCUCCAUCUUGCUCUCUGCUUCCCUCCAGCUGGUAUCAGUGAACCGCACACUGGCAGAGCGAGCAUUGGGUACCUGGGUGGACAGCUUUUGAACCUUGCUGCCCCACCCCCACCCCUCAACCCCUUCUCAGCUCCACCACACCCCUCCUAGACCCCUUCUUCUCACCUAAUCUCUGGAGUCUGACCCCACCAGCCCUCCAGAAACAAUCCAUAACACUUCAAUGGAAGAACACAACCACUGGAUUUGGGAAUACUUUCUUUGUUUGAUUUUGUUUGUUGGGUUUUUACACCACGUUUCAAAAAGGAAAUUAAAAAUGGUUGUAUGCAGAAAAAAAAGAGAACGAAGUACUGCUUCAGAAUAAAAGUAUCCUCUCCUCUCCUCCCCCACACACCAAAAUAACGUAAAGGGAAAUAAAGUACUUGUACAUUUUUAAAAUAAAUCUAUAUUGUAACUAAAUAAAGGUCGAUCCGAUUUUUCGUCCUACCUGACGUUUCACUCCACAGCUUUGCCUGUUGAUUCUCAUCAUGCUGUGGAUGUAUAACUCAACUCAAUAGAAAACACUGUCUGUCAAUGGAGAACUAACCUCACUGUCAGCUGUAACUACAUAUAUACACUUGUAUAGUGACAUCAAAGGAAUUGGUCUGUGAAGACUGGGCUAAAUGUGAGGUUUCUAGAUUAUUGUGCAUAGUGCAAUAGCCACAGUCUCCAUUUAAUGUGCUGGCUGGCUGUGUCUCGUCGUUCCGUCCCAUCAUGACAGCCGUGGACAUACAGGCCUGGGGGGGCUAAGAAUGGCGUCUGGAUUCACGGUUGUGACUAACGCCCUCGUCUGUGGAGACAAAAUAAAUGUAGAUCUCAGCUUUGUUGGUGCUCACCACAACUACAGUCAAGGAUCCGGAUGGGGUGGGGGUGAGUCCUGUCGCCGACCCCCUGACCUGUGUGACUGACUAGGAGAAGGCGCAGAACCGGGGUCCCAGGAGUUGUGUGAAGGCCUGCUCAUCUGCCCUGGCCUCUCCAGUCCGUACAACACUGUGGCCUUAUGGAGAAACCAAAUGGGCUUCCUUUUCUGGGAUCUCCAACUGAUCUGCAAGCAGACCAGCCUGACCCCUCCUCUCUCCAUCUGUGUGGCCCGGGGUGUCACCAUGCAAUCGCAGGUUGCCUUCACCGUCUAUCCAUCGUCCUGCCUGGCAUCACAGCUGGUGCCCCCACCACUACAUUUCAGAUCCACUACUGUUAUCUGGAGCUGUAGAGUCUGGGACAUGGCAUGGGGCUGGCUGUCUGGGACAUGCAACGGAAGGGUAGGGGUGCACUAGCGCCACUCUUUUCCCUCCCCCUCGACUGACUCCAGGGGCCUCGUGUAACUCUUGGUGCAGCUGUCUAAAGACUUCAAAAGAGCAGACACCACCGUGCGGUAGUAUUGGUGUGUGGAAACACUACAACCACGGACAGUCCUCUGAUACCUGGCCUGGAACUCUUACAGAACGGCUUUGAGUUAACGUAACUUAGCCCUGCUCAGUCGGGAUAUGCCCAGUGCUUAUAUAAAAAAAAUCAGUCUGUCUUCUAAUAUGCAUGUUAACCUGCCCAGGUCUGUGUCCCUCUUAUGGUCUUCACUGUGUUUUCUCCUACAUACUGAUCCCGUAACAUUAUUACACAUUACAUUUGUGUUGCAGUUUCCAUACUUAAAGCAGUUUAAUGGAUCCAAAAUGAAGUCUUGCGGACAACUCACUCACUCUGUUUGGUACCCAGAGGGUUGGAAUGGGUUUUUAGGCCCUUUGCACGGUGGGAAAUGAGGUCCUUGAAGGUACCGGUCCUUUUCACUCAGCAAUGUAUGAAAGUACAGUGCAGUACAGAGAAAGUGAGCCAUGAGGAAUUAGUCUCUCACACUGCAGAUAUUAUUGUAAUAGAUACAGUGCAUUCGAAAAGUAUUCAGACUCUUUAACUUUUUCCACAUUUUGUUACGU